AUGGUUCCCGGGCGAAUGAGCUGGUCCAUAGAGCGAAGUUUCCAUGGGAUCAAUACGGAAACCUGUCAAGGGCCCGUCAGGCAAGCAGACAACGUAAGAGGCUUGGAAUUCGCGAGGGGCAGAUUAGGCGUGCGACGACUCAAAGCACGCCCCUCGCUGCUUGAUUUAAUUGCACAUCACGAAGGAGACGAACAGCCAGUCGGUUCGAGGUCGUCAUCACCGCCUGGACUAGACAGCCCGCAACUGCCACCGCUCCCCGUGUCGCCCACUUCAUCAUCCUGCAGCGACAGCUCCUCCUCCUCCUCUUCUCCUCCUUCCCCCAUCCAUCCCUCCCCCUCCCCCGCGCUGUCCACUCCUGUCAUUCACCUCCCUGCUUCACGCACCAUGGCCCCCUCCGCUGAUGCUGGCGAGAGCCAGCAUGGUUCCGUCUUCUCCGUCUCCGGUCCCGUCGUCGUGGCCGAGCAUAUGAUCGGCUGUGCCAUGUACGAGCUGUGCCGUGUUGGUCAUGACCAGCUGGUCGGAGAAGUUAUUCGGAUCGAUGGCGAUAAGGCCACUAUUCAGGUAUACGAGGAGACAGCUGGUUUGACGGUCGGCGACCCCGUUACACGGACAGGAAAGCCCCUUUCGGUCGAGCUGGGCCCCGGUUUGAUGGAAACGAUCUACGAUGGUAUUCAGCGGCCCCUGAAGGCGAUUUCCGACCAGUCCAAGGGUAUCUACAUCCCACGUGGUAUUGCGGUCAACGCCUUGGACCGUGAGAAGAAGUGGGAAUUCACGCCCGGCAAGUACAAGGUCGGCGAUCACAUCACCGGUGGUGACAUCUGGGGUACCGUUUUCGAGAACAGCUUGGUGAACGACCACAAGAUCAUCCUCCCUCCCCGCGCGAGGGGUACCAUCACCCGCAUAGCCGAAGCUGGAAGCUACACUGUUGAGGAGAAGCUGCUGGAAAUCGAGUUCAAUGGAGUGAAGACGGAACACAGUAUGAUGCACACCUGGCCUGUCCGUGUGCCCAGACCGGUCAACGAGAAGCUCUCGUCGGACGCUCCUUUCAUCGUCGGUCAGCGUGUGCUGGACUCUCUCUUCCCCAGUGUCCAGGGUGGUACUGUCUGUAUCCCCGGUGCCUUCGGAUGUGGAAAGACUGUCAUUUCGCAGAGUGUCUCCAAAUUCUCCAACAGUGAUAUCAUUGUCUACGUCGGUUGUGGUGAGCGUGGUAACGAGAUGGCUGAAGUGUUGAUGGAUUUCCCCGAACUUUCUAUCGACGUCGAUGGCCGCAAAGAACCCAUCAUGAAGCGUACCUGCUUGAUCGCCAACACCUCCAACAUGCCUGUCGCCGCCCGUGAGGCGUCCAUCUACACCGGUAUCACGAUCGCCGAAUACUUCCGUGACCAGGGCAAGAACGUGGCUAUGAUGGCGGACUCCAGUUCCCGCUGGGCUGAGGCUCUUCGUGAAAUUUCCGGUCGUCUGGGAGAGAUGCCGGCUGAUCAGGGUUUCCCUGCCUACCUGGGUGCCAAGCUGGCUUCCUUCUACGAGCGUGCCGGUAAGAGUAACGCCUUGGGUAGCCCCGAGAGAAUUGGUAGUGUCAGUAUUGUAGCUGCCGUCAGCCCUCCGGGUGGUGACUUCUCUGAUCCCGUCACCAGUAGUACCCUGGGUAUCGUCCAGGUGUUCUGGGGUCUGGACAAGAAGUUGGCUCAACGUAAACAUUUCCCGUCGAUCAACACAUCGAUCUCUUACAGCAAGUACACGACGGUUCUGGACCGGUACUACGAGAAGCAUCAUCCCGAGUUCCCUCGCCUGCGUGACCAGGUCAGAGAGCUUCUGACCAAGUCGGAGGAUCUGGACCAGGUCGUGCAGCUGGUUGGUAAGGCAGCUCUGGGUGACUCUGACAAGAUCACUCUGGAUGUGGCGGCCAUGGUCAAGGAUGACUUCCUGCAGCAGAACGGUUACAGUGACUACGAUCAGUUCUGCCCGCUGUGGAAGACCGAGUACAUGAUGAAGGCGUUCAUGGGCUACCACGAUGAAGCCCAGAAGGCUGUUGCCCAGGGCCAGAACUGGUCCAAGGUUCGCGACGCCACUACCGACAUUCAGAGCGCGCUCCGGGGUAUGAAGUUCGAGGUGCCGAGCAACGAAGCGGAAGUCUCCGAGAAGGUAAGCCAGAUGCCACCGCUCUUAGCUAUUCUGUGUUCUAACUCUGUUUGCAGUUCAGAACCCCAUCGAUCUGCCCCAGAUUGCCGUCGUCGCCUGCCUCGUGGUUCUGGAAUUGUCACUCGGAGACCCCUCGUACUGCAACUUAUCAACAGGCCCGCUGGUUCGCAAACAAACGGUGUGAAGGAGGAGGCCCUGGAGACGACGGAUAAGGAGGCCAACAUAGACGAGUACGGCGAGUUUCUUCACAUCCCCGGCCAAAAGUUCUACGAUUUCAACAAGAUCCGCGAGGAGAUUGUUCGCGAAACCGAGUCCAAGGUCGGUCGCAAUGCCGGUAUCUCGCCCGCUCCUAUCAACUUGCGAAUCUACUCGCCUAAUGUCUUGACCCUCACACUCGUCGACUUGCCCGGUCUGACCAAGGUGCCCGUGGGAGAUCAGCCCAAGGAUAUCGAGCGUCAGAUCCGUGACAUGGUUUUGAAGUACAUCAGCAAGCCGAACGCUAUCAUCCUGGCUGUCACCUCCGCCAACCAGGAUCUGGCAAACUCGGAUGGUCUGAAACUGGCGCGGGAGGUCGACCCGGAGGGUCAACGCACGAUCGGUGUGUUGACCAAGGUCGAUUUGAUGGACGAGGGUACCGAUGUUGUGGAUAUUCUUGCGGGCAGGAUUAUCCCUCUGCGUCUGGGUUAUGUUCCGGUCGUCAACCGUGGUCAGCGUGAUAUUGAGAACAAGCGGCCUAUCGCAUAUGCCCUGGAGCACGAGAAGAACUUCUUCGAGGGUCACAAGGCUUAUCGCAACAAGUCCUCGUACUGCGGAACUCCUUAUCUCGCCAGGAAACUGAACCUGAUCCUUAUGAUGCACAUUAAGCAAACCCUUCCCGAUAUUAAAGCGCGCAUUUCGUCCUCCCUUCAGAAGUAUUCCUCGGAACUGUCACAGCUCGGUGACUCGAUGCUCGGAAACAGUGCCAAUAUCGUCCUCAACAUCAUCACGGAGUUCAGCAACGAGUACCGCACGGUGUUGGAGGGAAGCAACCAGGAGCUGUCCAGUAUCGAGCUGUCCGGUGGUGCUCGUAUCAGCUUCGUCUUCCAUGAGCUCUACUCCAAUGGUAUCAAGGCCGUCGACCCAUUCGACCAUGUGAAGGACAUUGAUAUUCGCACCAUCCUCUACAACUCCUCUGGUCCCUCACCAGCACUGUUUGUGGGCACCACUGCUUUCGAACUCAUCGUGAAGCAGCAAAUCAAGCGCUUGGAGGACCCCAGCUUGAAGUGUAUCUCGCUGGUCUACGACGAACUGGUCCGCAUCCUGGGUCAGCUCCUGAACAAGUCGCUGUUCCGGCGGUACCCUAUGCUGAAGGAGAAGUUCCACGCGGUCGUUAUUGGCUUCUUCAAGAAGUCCAUGGAGCCGACCAACAAGCUUGUGCGCGACUUGGUCAAUAUGGAGGCGUGCUACAUCAACACGGGUCACCCUGAUUUUCUGAACGGACACCGCGCUAUGACUAUCGUCAAUGAGCGUCAAACCGCAGGCAAGCCUACUCAAGUGGACCCGAAGACUGGCAAGCCUCUGCCCCCGCGGGCGAACAGCCCGUCGGUUGAGGUUCCUGUGGACAACAACAACUCCGGUGGAUUCUUCGGCAGCUUCUGGGCUUCGAAGAACAAGAAGAAGAUGGCUGCCAUGGAGCCGCCACCGCCGACCCUGAAGGCGUCUGCCUCUUUGUCGGAGCGGGAGAGCGUGGAGGUUGAGGUCGUCAAGCUCCUGAUUACCUCUUACUUUAACAUUGUGAAGCGGACUAUGAUUGACAUGGUGCCCAAGGCCAUCAUGUACACUCUCGUCCAGUUCACCAAGGACGAGAUGCAGCGCGAGCUCCUCGAGAACAUGUACCGCAACAGCGAGCUGGACGACCUGCUGAAGGAAAGCGACUACACGGUCCGCCGGCGGAAAGAGUGCCAGCAGAUGGUGGAGAGCCUUUCCCGGGCCAGCGAGAUCGUCAGCCAGGUUCAAUAA